CACUUAUUCAUUUAUUAACAUCACAGACAUUUUUCAGUGCCUCCCAGAGAUGCAACACUAUUUCCCCCCUCCCCUCAACCGCGGAAUCUAGGAUGGGGGAACCAGGAAGGUGUGACAAGGCCAGAGGACGGCGCUGAAAUCGGUUGGGCCAGGCUGGAUGGGCUUGGCCAGCGGACCGGCCGAAAUACCCGCAGGGCUCACAUCACCGAGCCCCCUCCAGUGACGGAAGGGGACGCUUGGUGAGGCCGGAUCCCGAGCUCAGUCAGUGACGUCGACGACCGCCUGGGGGCGCUCGAAGCACGGCUCGCGCGAGUGACGUCAUCAUAGGCGGUCCGGUGGAGCCCGACCCAUCCGAGAGCGUCAUAUGACGUCAUCUAGCCGUCCGGAAGCGCCCCCACGUGUCCUCCCACCUCGGUUCUGGGACCUCUGAUCCCGGUGUCACCCACCAUGGGUCGCUCCCGCCGUACGGGCGCGCACCGAGCGCACUCCUUGGCCCGUCAGAUGAAGGCGAAGCGGCGGCGGCCGGACCUGGAUGAGAUUCACCGCGAGUUGCGGCCCCAGGUCGCCGCACGGCCCCGGCCAGACCUAGGCGCUGAACCGGAUCCCGAUCUGCCAGGGGGCGGCCUGCAUCGCUGUCUGGCCUGCGCGAGGUACUUCAUCGAUUCUGCCAACCUGAAGACCCACUUCCGAUCCAAAGAUCACAAGAAGAGGCUGAAGCAGCUGAGUGUGGAGCCCUACAGUCAGGAAGAAGCAGAGAGGGCAGCGGGCAUGGGUUCCUAUAUUCCUCCCCAGCGGCUGGCAGUGCCCACAGAAGUAUCCACUGAGGUCCCUGAGAUGGACACGUCUACAUGACUUGGCCUGAGGAUGCGAGGCAGAGGAGCUGCCCAUGGACGGUGGUACAGCGGCCAGGCUGGGAGAGACUGUGCCAAUCUCCUUUGGUUUGGGGAGUGGAUGGCCGCUUCCAGAUACCCUCCCUUCCAAUAAAGGAAAUGUAUAAAUAGG